UCAAAACUUUGAAUUGUAGAUAGGUAAACAAAACAAACACGUUUGAAGGAAAUACAAAUAUUUUAACGUUGAUUCCUUAUUCAAUGAGUUUUGAAUACUUUUAUAACUAUAAAUUCUUCAAUAUUUGAUUCAAGUUACGUUAAUUAUAUAGUGAUAGCAAGAACACGAUGACAAAUCGAAACUGGGGUUUCUGCGAAUUGUCUAUAAACAGAAACUUCGACAUGAACCAUUUAAAAUCUUUAGCAGAUUUAGGUUAUAAUACAAUUGCAAUAAAUACAUAUGUAGAGGAGGCUACUGAUGAACCGAAGAAAAAGAAGAAAAAAGGAGAUGUGAAAGAAAAAAAAGAUGCAAUUCCUGGACCAUUAGAAAUUGCAGGGGAAAUCUCUGGGAACACUAAUCUGAAUAUUCUUCAAAGAAUCACUGUCGAAUUUUCGGAUUCCAGUAUUGCUCAUAAAAUGAACCAAUCGGAAAACUUAAAGAAGUAUGACAUCAUUGCUGUAGUGCCUAAAACAUUGCAGGCUUUUCAAUAUGCGUGUGGUACGAUGGAUGUUGAUGUCAUCACCUUCGAUCCUCAGACAAGGAUUCCGUUUAAGAUAAGUCGCAAGUUGUAUAGGCAGGCUGUAGAGAGAGGAUUAUUUUUUGAGCUGAUGUACUCUCCUGCAAUACGGGAUUCUACGGCUAGAAAAAACAUAAUAAGCACAGCUCACACAUACCAUGCUAUCGGAAAAUCGAAAAAUAUAGUAUUAAGCAGUAGUGCUGAAAGUUUAUUGCAAGUCCGUGAUGUCCAUGAUGUUAUUAAUCUUGGAUUUUUAUUUGGAUUAAAUAGUAAUGAAAGUUUAAACAGUGUAAGGAAUAAUUCUAGAAGAUUGAUUUUGAAAUCUGAGAGCAGAAGAUAUGGUAAGCAUUAUAUGAUAGUGGAGAAUAUCCAAAAUGAUGAUAAUAAAAUUGCAGAAUCUUAAUUCAUGUUCUUU